UCGUAACACGUGUCUCAGCUUCGUGGACUGUGGAUCUCCUCUCUAAGUGUCUUUAAUGCUAAAACCACUUUCCAGCCACCGUUUUCUGUAUGAAUCAUUUACUUGAAAAUGCACUGAGGAGUGCAUGAGGAAGCGCUAACUUUUCCCCAGGACUUUUCAAUCCAAUCUGGCAGACCAUGUUUCCGCCGGGUGGAAAGCGCUGCUUCACUAUAGAGUCUUUAGUGUCUAAGGAGUCUCCAAAGCCGACUGAGACCCACAUGCUACCACCCGUUUUAAAUUAUCCCAGCUCGACAGAGGCAUUCAUGAACAGACUCCAAAGUCCAGCGAGUAUUUCGUUAAACCCGAGCCCGGAGUUUGUCUACCCCGAGACGCUGAGCUAUCCAUCACUUACAGUACACCCUCACCAGCUGGGGGGGCCGCACAUCCAGCACCCUGUCCCGUUCUUUGGAGUACAGCAACGCGACCAGCUCAGUUUCUAUCCAUGGGUCAUACGGAACAGAUUUUUCGGCCACAGAGUUCAAGGAAACUGCGUCUCCCAAGAGAGUCUCCUUCUGCACGGACCGUUCUCCAGGAAACCCAAGCGAAUCCGGACCGCCUUCUCCCCAUCACAGCUCAUGCAGUUAGAGAGGGCUUUUGAGAAGAACCACUACGUGGUGGGGACUGAGAGGAAGCAGUUAGCCAACAAUCUCAGCCUAUCUGAAACUCAGGUGAAGGUCUGGUUUCAGAACAGACGGACAAAGCACAAGCGACAGAAGCUGGAGGAGGAGGGUCUGAGUGGACAGGAGAAGAACAAGUCCAGCCACCAUAUCAGCAUGUGGAGACUCGCUACCGGGCAGGACAGCCAGGGCCUCAUUGAUGUCACUUCGGACGACUAGCCCAGCCACUCUCUUGUUACAGUCCUCACCUCAUUUACCUUAUUUAUUUUAUAAAUGUAAGAACCAAUGUUUCCAAAUCCAGUGCCCGGGGACCCACAGACAAUCUAUAUUUUUACUCCUUGGGUGGGAGCAAAAACAUGGACUGUCUGGCAGGGCGUUGGGAGGGAGCAGAAACGUGGACUGUCUGGCAGGGCGUUGGGAAGGAGCAGA